AUGAAGUUUGCUUCUUUUAGAUUUUUAGUAUACACCGUAGUGGCGGUGUGGACCAUACUUUUGAAUGUUUAUUUAUUUAUAUAUCAUUAUGAUUCUAUUGCUUUGAAUUUAAAGAACUCUCUCACCAACAAAGUUAGCUCACAACAACACAUCUUCGAAGGUCAUGAUAGUUAUUAUGAUAAAGAAAAUGGAGUUGAAUAUCUGCACGGAGAUUAUAAUAAAGAAACAAAUCACAAAUGGGCUUUUUCAAGCGACAAUAAUAUGUUACAUAAAUUUGAUCCAUACCAAUAUGAACCUGUCGAUACUUCAAUUGUGAAUCAUAAAACUUUUGAUUUAUAUCAAAUGCAUACCGGUAUUAAAGACCUAAGAGGAAUAAGACCCACCUUUGCAUCCAAUUAUGAAACUAUUUUUAAAAAUCAUCCUAACCCAGAUACCAUUCUUGGAAAUUUAAAUUUUAAAGAACGAUGUGCAUUAUAUUUUCAAAAUUUAUUUAUAACUGAUCAUAAUUGGUAUUUGAAUCCAAAUGAAGAUUUGCCACUAGGUAGAUAUAACUUUCCUUAUGCCAUUGAACUUGAUGAAUUUGAAUUUAAUAAUUGGAGAACUCAUCACUACGAGGAGUUAAAACAAGAAUAUAUAGAUCAAGAAUUUGAAGGUGAUGAUCAAUCAUCAAUUACUGAUGCUCAAUAUGAAAAAUUCAUGAUGAGAAAAUUUGAAGAAUUUUGGAAUACAACUUUACAAGUUGAGCAAAGAACUUUGGAUUCGAUAACUCACUUAAGAAUCUUUAAUAAAUGUUUCCUUUCAAGUUCUGAUCCCAAACAACUCGAAGAAACAAAUCACUUUAUUAAGGAUCAAAAGGAAUUAAUUAAAACAAUACAAGGUAAAGAUUAUUUGCCAUCAUUUGAGUUCACUGAAAAUGAAAAAAUGGCCAAAUUAGAUUCAUAUCGUAUUUGUUCAAGUUUAGAAAAGAGAAUUUAUCCUUGGUUAUCACUUCAACAUCCUGUAUUUGAAAAAUGGACAGGGGAAAUAGAAUUAGCCCCUCCACAAUAUAAUAACUUACACAAUAAAAAGAAAUACAAAUCUAGUACUCCAGCCACUCCUCUUCAAAUGACUGAUUGUUUCUUCAAUGAUAUGAGAAAAAGUAUGAAUGGUAGAGGUAUUGUCUUAACAUUAGGAGAUGUUCACCUUGAAAAUACACUUAACUUAAUAAGAUUAUUAAGGGCACUUGGAAAUAUGUUACCAAUUCAAAUCGUUUAUUAUGAUAAUAUUAGUGGAUCUAGUAAAGCAAAAAUUGUAAAAACUGCCAGGGAAACUAUGAGGGAUUUCCCCUUAUCUAUAGAAAAGAUUAGACAUUUAUUACCAGAAGGGUAUGAUCUUGGUUUGCCUGUACAAAACAUUCAUUUUGUUAAUCUUUUCAAUGUGGUUAAUGAACAAUAUAAGAGUAAAUUCGAUGGAUAUGGUAAUAAAUUACUAGCCACUGUUUUCAAUUCAUUUGAAGAAUUUAUUCUAUUGGACUCAGAUGUGGUUCUUUUUAAAAAUCCUCAAUGGUUUUUUGAUAAUUCAAAAUAUAAAGCAGGUGGUGCUUUAUUUUAUAAAGAUAGAGCCACAACUGACAAGAGACCAGAAACAGACCUAUUCUUAUUAAAAUCAUUAUUGCCCAAUAUCAUAGAUAAUGCCAUGUUCGGAUUCCCUAUGGUAACUGAAAAAACUUUAAAAAAUGAUGCUUUUGAAGGGAUGUAUCAUUUUAUGGAGGCUGGAGUGGUUGUAUUAGAUAAAUAUAGACAUUUAAAUUCUAUUUUAAUGUUGCCUCAAUUAUAUUUCAUGGAACCAUUACUGAAAAGGAGUCAUGGAGAUAAAGAAUUCUUCUGGUUUGCAUUUGCUUUUAAUGGAAAUGAAGAUUAUAUCUUCAAUGAGUAUCGUGCUGUGGCUGUAGGUGAAGUUAAACCUGAUAGACGUAAAGAUAAUGGAGAAUUAUAUCUUGCUCAGGAGUUGUGUAAUUCUCAUCCGGCUCACAUUGAUGAUAAUGAUAAUUCGUUGCUUUGGUUAAAUUCCGGUUUCCAUUUCUGUGGUAAGUAUGAUUUGGUUGAUUAUGAGAAUGAUCUUAACUAUCAAGGAAAUUAUUAUCUUCAAACCUUUGCAAGUCAAGAAGAAAUGAAAAAUUAUUAUUACAGUCCUAUAAAUAUUCGUCAUGCAAUUAUUCCGCCAUUCUCUGGCGCAAAUUAUUUGAAGGGUCCAAAUACUCAAGGAGAGCCAGAGAUAGCUUGGCAAAUGCUUCAUGUACUUUGCCAUGAUUAUAUGUGGUGUACUUACAGUUCAAUUGGCUAUGGCGACACAUUUCAGAACGGAACCGUUAUUGAAUUUGAUGAAGAUCAGCACUCAUAUUUCAAGUAUUUAGGUGAUAUUUGGGUGGGAUUGGAAUAA